AUGGCGGCAAUUAUGUGGAGUUUAUGGAAACACAGAAACCUCAAACUCUGGCAAAACACUACAGCGACAUGUGCUCAAAUAGUAGAAAAAGCUAUGCAACUGCUUGAUGCGUGGGUGCAGGCCAAUAGCAGUAACAUGUUAACACCAAAUUCUGCAGAUAUGGCAGCAACAGAACUUGGUAAUUCGGCCGAAUCCAGCAGAAGCACGGCCGGGCUGAUGACGUGUAAGUGGGAGAAACCGACACAAGGGAGGUACAAGUGUAACAUUGACGCGUCGUUCACGACUCAAUUUAAUCGAGUGGGUAUUGGCAUGUGCAUCCGCGACGACGAAGGUAGAUUUGUGCUCGCAAAAACCAUAUGGAAAUCACCGAUAUGUAAUGUGGAUUUAGGCGAGGCACUCGGUCUUUGGCAUGCUAUCCGGUGGAUUCAAAAUCUGCAAAUUGAUAAUGUGGACUUUGCUAUGGAUGCCAAAAAUGUUGUUGAUCAAUUUCAUAAUGAAGGGAGUGUUUUAACAGAGGUGGGGGAUGUGGUAGAGGAAUGCAAACGUCUAUUUAGUUUAUAUUUUGAAAACUCUCGUGUUGAGUUUACUAAGAGACAAGCGAAUGAGGUAGCUCAUGCUCUUGCAAGGGUAGCCCCAUCUCUAGCUAGCUCUAAUAUUUUCAUUGAUGUACCAACAUGUAUUCGUGAUUUAGUUAUGAAUGAAAUGCUAUAA